AUUUUAUGUAUAUUAUCUGCUUAGAUCAAAUUUAGCUUUAAUUCUGGAUCGGAUGACUUUUACGGAUUCCCAACUUCUGGAAUUCUAUUUAACGCAUGCGCAGCUUGAGCUGGUUUCUUUAGGGGAACUGGUUGCCCCUGGCAACGAGUUGGGCCAAACAAUUGGCCGGGUUGUUGGGCGAAAUUUCAGAGACAUUUUAGGAGGCAAACAUGUCCGACCAGGAGCUGGACGCAGCUGUGAUUAAGGCCACGCAGCAGAGCCUGGGCAAGUACAUAAAGAAGCCGCCGCUGACAGAGAAGCUGCUCAGGAAGCCGCCCUUUCGCUACCUGAUGGACAUCUUUAGCGCGUUUAUAAGGGAAACGGGCUGCUUUGAGGGUCUCUACACGCCGGAGGAGCAGCUCUUCGAGAACAUCAACGAUCGCAAUGACAAGACGCGCUUUCUGCAGAAGAUGAUUGAUGUCACAAAACUGACCACGAAGCGGGAGCUGAAAGUGCGCACCUCGAAAAUUGUGGCGGGGCACGAGCCAAGGCUGACCAACGAACUGCUGCAGGCGAUGGCCAGCGUCGUGGAGCAGCAACUGGACUGGCGUGAUGCAGUGCAGCAGGUGCUGGCCAGCGACCAGACCGAGCUGCCGAAGUCCAAGCCAAGCAAAGCCGGCGACAAACCAAAAGCCAGCGGCAAACAAACGUCGCCAACGGCCAAGGAGCAGCCCGCUCAGCGCAGAGAGAAGCGCAUAUCGCCGCAAGAGCAGAAGCUGCGCAAGGCCACAGAUCAGGCAGCACAUGCCACGCCCACUGACAAGGUGCCGGCAGCACAGCAGCGCCGGCAGAAGGCCUCGCCGGAAGCGCCAAAGCCGAAGCCAAAGCCGAGCAAGCAGAGCUCCAAGCAAAAGAGUCCCUCUCCCACGACGAAGAUUAAGCAACAAGCUUCAACGGAGGCUGAACAGAAGUCCAUGUCGCCGGCACCUGCUGUCAAGCUGCCCUCCCCAGCGUCGUCGCCCAAGGCUGAGCCGCCGGAGCCGGUCAAGGAGCCAGUCAAGGAGCCGGCCAAGGAGCCCGCCAAGGAGCCGCCUCCAAGUACUGCUGCAGCUGAGCACGCGGAGCCGGAAAGCCGCAAAUCCUCCAGCAAAAGUCGACGCUCCAGCGCUAGUCAGCGGCAGGCAGCAGUCGAAGCGGUCUCCCCGGAUCCGUCCAAGAGCCCCAACGAGGAACAGAGCACAGCCUCAGCCUCGACUCGGCCAGAUGCGGACGCCAACAUCAGCGAGCCCAAGCGGGAGCGCGAGGGCACCUUCACGCGCGAGAACUCCAAGGAGUCGACACGUCCGCGCACCUCGUUGCGGCCGCCCAGCGCCCGGCCGGCCUCGGCACGUCCGGGCGCACCGCGGCGACGGAAUGUGGAAAUCGUGCUGCAGCCAAACGAUCAACUCAAGAUGAACGGCAUCAAUGUAAAGCUGGAGACGUUUGGGGACUUCGAUGAUGACGGCGAGAAUCUGGUAGUCAUCGAGGAUGCACAUGCACAUGACAUCGAAACGGGCACGGCGGACACUGGGGCGCUGGAUCCGGAGGCUAAUCAGGGUCGUUUGGUGCAGCAAAUUCUGGAGACCCAAAAGGAGCUCGUACAGCAGGGCAACGACGCAGGCAAGGAGGAGUCCCAGCAGAAGACUCAGUCGUCAACCACGCGGCAGAGCUCCGCGCGUCAAAUGAACGAUCUGCGCGACAUCAUACAGACCCUGACCAAGUCCGUGAAUCCGCUGGGCAAACUUCUCGACUUUAUACCCGAAGACAUCGAUGCCAUGCAGCUGGAGCUGAGCAUGUGGCGGGAGUCGUACACACAGGCUGCCGCGGAGCUGAAGCGGGAGCGCAGCCUCACGGCAUCCGCCACGGAGCCCAUGAAGCAGCAGAUGCUUGCCAUCGAGGCCAGCAUUAGCGAGUACAAGGAGCUGGUCGACGAAAGUCGCCACAAGAUCCUCCUGAACAAUGAGCGCAUACUUAAAAUGCUGAUGGAGCAGUGAAAUGUUGUUUUUUGUGCCUUGUCUCGUAGUUUUGAAUUAUGUUUUAAUAGGAAUACGCCGCGUAAAUAAAGUAGAGCCCAAGUUUAUCGACUCCGAGAAGGUAUAACCACUUAAAAUCAGAGUUAAUUGAUCCGAGCUAUAGAUAAAUAACUAUUAAAGUGUGUAUAAAGCCGAUCCGUCGGUAAACAAACCAGUUUCACCAUUUUCACCAAUUUUCCACACUUGCGGGUGAAAUAAAAACAAACGACAAAGAAAUGCUAUCUUCGGCAUGCCGAAGACUUAAUACCCUUGCAGAGUAAAACUUUUAUUGGUUAAUAUAACUUGAAAGACAAAAAACAUUUUCACACAACUUAAUUUUCGACCGAUUAUUCCAAUAGCAGUAUCAUAUAGCUGCUAGUAGUCCCAUGUUGGUAGAAUUUCGCCUAUUUAUGAGGCACAAAGUAAAACGAAUAAAGAACCUAUUUUCGAUCGGCCGUUCGUAUGGUAGCGAUAUGAUACAGUGUUCCGAUGUGAAUAAGAUUUUGCAUAUAUAUAUAGGGAACAUAGUAAAAUUUAUAAAUGCGGAGUUUGGUGAAAACAUCUUAAGAAACCAAAAACUUGUGCAUACAAGAACCAACUUUCCGAACGAUCUUUCCUAUAGCAGCUUUAUGAUAUAAUGAAGCUUUCCAGCUCUCAAUUGAUCAAUAAAUCAG